UAUAAAAUUCUGUCGCUCCCCUUCGCACGAAUCUUCUUCUUCCAACCUCCUCUAUAUAACACCCGCACCCCCUUUCCUCGCCAUUAACACGCAGCCCCAUCUCCAUCCCUCCAUUAAUGGACAGCAGCUCCUCCGUAGACGAAUCUUCCUCAAGCUCCGACCCUUGCGCCGCCAUCCUCUCCCCCCCUCCUCCUCCUCCUCCUCCUCCUCUUCAGCGCAUGGGAAGCGGCAGCAGCACCCUAACACUCGCCGAACCGCCAUCCGAAUCCAGAAAGCUUCCAUCUUCCCAAUACAAAGGCGUCGUCCCCCAACCCAACGGCCGCUGGGGCGCACAGAUCUACGAGAAACACCAGCGCGUCUGGCUCGGCACGUUCAACCUCGAACGCGAAGCCGCGCGCGCAUACGACGCCGCCGCGCAACGCUUCCGAGGCCGCGACGCCGCCACCAAUUUCCCCCCUCUUUCCCCCGACGCCUAUGAGCUCGCUUUCCUCUUCUCCCGCUCUAAAGCAGAGGUCGUCGACAUGCUCCGCAAACACACUUACCUCGACGAGCUCCACCACUCUCACCUCCGACAAUCGCCGCCGCCAUCUCUCCACCCCUCCGCCUCGAAGCCCGCGCGCGAACAUCUCUUCGAUAAAUCCGUCACGCCCAGCGAUGUCGGCAAGCUAAACCGUCUCGUGAUUCCGAAGCAGCAAGCAGAAAAGCAUUUUUCAUUGCCGGGAGUCGGCGGGGGGGAAGGAGCGAAGGGGGUGCUUCUUGGCUUCGAGGAUGGCGGAGGGAAGGUGUGGAGGUUUCGGUACUCGUACUGGAAUAGUAGCCAGAGUUACGUUUUGACCAAGGGGUGGAGCAGAUUUGUGAAGGAGAAGGGGUUGAAAGCAGGGGAUACGGUUGGGUUCUACCGUUCGAAGGGGGGAGACGGACAGCUGUACAUCGAGUGCCGGAUUCGGGCUUCGGGCAGCGGCGGAGCUGCGCCGGUUAAAGUGAUGAGGCUGUUUGGAGUGGAUAUAGUGAAGGCGGCGGUGGCGGUGAACGAGAAUGGGAAGAGGGGUUUGGAGGCGGAGUUGCGGAGGACCGGGGCUGGGACUUGGUUUAAAAAGCAAUGUGUGGUGGGUCUGUAGUGGGUGUAGGUUUGGUUGGCGUUUGAAUUGUAAUUAGUUAGGGAAGGAGUUGGGGGAUUGAGGAAAUAGGGAAUUUAGGUUUUGUAAACAGAAUUUUUUGGCCAUUUUAUUUUGUUCAAGCAAUAAAAAUCGGGUUAGAUUGUUAGAGACGAA